AUGUCAUCUUCAAUCGACAAUUUACAAACAUUAACCGAAGUGAUACAACCAAAUUCUCAUGCGAAACAAUUCACUAAUGCCAACUCUACCACUGAUUUAACAAAAAUCAAUUCAUUAAAUGAAAAUUCUUCAUGUAUUCCCACUACCACUACUACUACAACUACCACUAUUACUAUGGCUAGUUCAAAUGUAUGCCUUACUGAAAUUGAAAAUACUACUAAUAAUAAUAAAUCAAUUGAUAAUUUAAUGAAUUCCAAUCAGAUUGGUGCAUCAUUAACUAGUUUAACACCAAGUCAUGCAGGUACUUACAUACUUGACAUGGAUGAUACAUUAAUGGCUCAAGGUAUUCCACCAGUGAUUAUUCGUAGUCAUGAGACAUUGGCUUCUGUGACUACGGCAGCCAGCAGCAAUCCUCAUAAACAAUCUACCAUACUGAUGACUACUACUACUACUACGCAUGGUGAUGAUAGUGUUCAUGUGGAAAUUGCUACACCAAGAGGUAGUCCUAGUUUACACAAGAAAUUAUGGCAUGAUAAUGAAGAAGAACAAGAGGGAAGUGACAACGAUCUGGUGUUGGUUGAUUCCUCCGAUCAUAAUGGUCAACCACCAUACACUAUGUCAAUAUAUGAUGAUGUUGAGGAUGUUGAGGAUGAUGAUGAAUUCACUGAACAACAAUACACGAUGGAAUCAUUACGUGCUGACUAUGAAGAUACUUACAAGUCAUUACCAUCACCUAAUCCAUUUUUAAGUAGAAUACCUAGUGGAAGUAGUUUGAAUAUGAUUGAUUCAUCAUUUUCAGUAAGUAUUAGUUAG